AUGUCGUCGGAAGAGCCUUUUGCGUCGGAGGGGCACAAGACGGACGAGCAAUUGGCGAUUGAGCAGGAGCAGCAGGACGAAGAGCGCGAGACGUCGCUUGCGUUUCAGAAAGAGACCCGCGAUGUCGAAUCACCAUCAGCCACGGCACCCGUCGACACAGCGCCAGCUAACGAAGAGGUAGUGGAAGAGGUUGCUGCUGUGGAAGAGGCAGUUGGAGGCACAACCAAACCAGCAAAGAGUGGUAGGAAGAGUCGAUCAUCAGGCGAGGCUGUUGAGGUGGAGCCUCGCAAGAAGGCGCGGCGUAGCGAAGCACCCCUCGACGAAAACGUUCGACUGGACCGUCUACGUCAGGCACUCUUCCGCUUCCUGGAUCUGAUCGAACACAGGGCCACGGCUAGUAGCUUUGCGAAAGCGUUGCCGCACAUUGACGUCGAGUCGGUGGAAGCGCUACGCAUGCAGUUCGUCAGCCAGCUCAUGGAAGCGAUCAUCGACGAGAGCGAGAAACUCAUCGAGUCCAACGAGCUCGAAGCCAAGCUGGCUUCGCUACACCGACUUGCGCACGAGGCAGACGCGAGGUUCCAUGCAGGCUACGCCGAGGGAGCGGAAGAGCUCAAGGACGUUUGGCGCAAAGAACUCGACCUCGAUACGGCCAUCUCGGCCCGUGCCAUCCCAGACCAACAACGAAGAGUCGAUCAACUCAAGCAGGAACUCGACCAAGUCAGGAAGCAGAACAACGACAUUCACGCCACACUGCUCCAGACCCAGAAGAGGGCGAAUGCUAUCCAGCAAGAUGCAAGAGAGUCUCUCAACGCUCUGGAAUCGGCAAUCAAGGGUCUGGAAGCAACACCAGAGAUGCAGAACCAGCUGCGCCAAACUAUGGACGACCUCCUACACGAUCUUGGCGCGCGCGUCUGA